AUGGAGUCGACAUCAUUGCGGUCGCUGGUCCUCUACGGCCUGUUGGCGACCUUUGCCGACGCCUCUCCGGUCGAGAAGCGGGCUAAUCUCCAGAAACGAGGACACUUCCUCGUGCCCCGAAUGCUCAACGAGAACUUCGAGGGCCACAACGGACCGAGGCAACUGCUCAAGACGUAUCGCAAGUAUAGCAUGCCUAUUCCUCAGGGUCUGCUGGAUGCCAUGGCCGCCCAGGAAGCCAAGAACCCGGCGCCCGCCCAGGCCGAGGGAUUCAAGUCCCUUGCCGCCGGCGCAACGAACCAGAGCGCCGCCCCUGGCCAACCCGGAACCGGUCUCGUCACCGCCACCCCGAUCCGCAACGACGUCGAGUACGUCUCGCCCAUCAAGAUUGGCGGCCAGGAGGUCAACGUCGACUUCGACAGCGGUUCUUCCGACCUCUGGGUAUUCACCUCCAUGCUCGACGCCCAGUCCCAGACAGGCCACCAGUUGUACGACCCGAGCAAGAGCCAGGGCGCCAAGAUGCUCCAGGGACAGCAGUUCAGCAUCAGAUACGGUGAUGGCUCCGGCGCCCAGGGCGUUGUGGGAACCGACGUCGUCGACAUUGGCGGCGCCGUUGUCCAGGAGCAGGCCAUCGAGAUGGCUACCGCCGUCUCACAGCAGUUCGUCCAGGAUACCGCCAACAACGGUCUCCUGGGCCUCGCCUUCUCCAAGCUCAACACCGUCAAGCCUACGGCCCAAAAGACCUUUUUCGACAACGUCAUGCCCAGCCUUGCGGAGCCCGUCUUUACGGCCGACCUCCGCAAGAAGUCGGUCGGCGCCUACGAAUUCGGCCGCAUCGACACCUCAAAGUUCACCGGCCAGAUGGCCUGGAUCCCCAUCAACACCACCACCGGUUUCUGGCAGUUCACUAGCGAGAAGUUCGCCGUCGCUGGCGGCGAGGUCCAGAUGGGCACGGCCGGCGCCCAGGCCAUCGCCGACACGGGAACGACGCUCAUCCUCGCCAACCCGCCCAUGGUCCAGGCCUACUACCAGCAGGUCCAGGGCGCCAAGCAAGACCAGAACGUCGGCGGCGUCACCUUCCCCUGUGAUGCCCAGCUUCCCGAUCUCAUGAUGGACAUUGGCGGCGUCUACAUGGCCCGCGUCAAGGGCAGCGAUAUCAACUUUGCCCAGGUCAAUGCUCAGACUUGUUUCGGCGGUCUUCAGGCCACGACCUCCAAGCUCCAGAUCUAUGGCGACAUUCUGUUCAAGUCUCAGUUCGUCGCCUUCAACGGCGGCAACAUGUCCAUCGGCAUGGCGGAGCACAUCGUCAACAGCCAACAGGCCGGCGCAGCCACCGCACCUGGCGCAGCGGCGUAA